AUGACAAUAAUGACUGCUAUUGUCGAUUACAUUCUUCGUCGCGAACUGGGAAAGUCUUUUGAUUCUAACGAGGUUCGCUUUGCCGAGCACUUCACCACCUGGCGUCACUCGGAGCCUUUGCUCGCUGAGACGUCGACUGACUCUCGUUCUACAUAUUUGCUAAGACUUAAUCCAUCUUAUGAUCUAGUAGCAGCCGCACAUGGAAACCAGAAGAUAGCCAUCUAUUCUGCCAGCUCAGGUGCCCUAGCUGCUGUUUGUGAAGGCCAUACCUCUUCCCCGUGGACUCUCAACUUCCACCCAGCCCAUCCCUAUUUACUUGUCAGCGGCUGCCUGGGUGGUAGCAUACAUCUUUGGGACCUUGAUUGUCUUGCGAAUUUCGAUUAUUCCGAGUGCAAUGGUAAAAAUAACUCAUUGAAGAUUUCUCCCACACGCUCUUGGAAACGAGGGGGUGCGAUUGCUUCUCUAGUAUUCCAUCCGCAUCAUCCCAUUAUCGUGGCCGCAUGGUAUGUCAUUUUGUUUUGUGUAUUUUUCAUUGUGCAAAAUAGGUCUCAGGAAGUCGUAUUUCUUGAUUGGGUUUCCGGUCGUACUUUGUCUGUUUGGCGUUUUGUUUCCGAUCACUCGCGCGUUCGUUGGGUGAAAUUUAGUCCAAAUGGAGACCUCCUAUACACUGCUACUGCUAACCCAUCUGGUCAUCAUUCUUGUAACAUGACCUCUUCUGUUUCCUCUAGAACUUUAUCUAAGAUUAAAAUUCGAGAUCAAGCUACGAGUGAAACACCGGGUGAAACCAGGCGCAUACCUCGUCAUGCCCUGCUUGGAUUUCUUGUCAGUCAGCCCACUUCAUGGUAUCUACGUCUUGGC